AUGAGCAGCUAUUCUUGUAGUAAUAUUCUUGUCUUUUAUUUAUUACUAGUACCAGUCGUCGUAUUCUCACUCGCUUUAACCGUAAACGCGAAUUCGUUCGACUCGCUCCCGGGAAGACAGUCCCGCUCGACCCGACCACGACCCAGAUCCGAACGGCUCCUCCACGUCGGGCAUUUCGGUGCUAAAGGCAAUGGCUUCACCGACGACACUAAAGCAUUUGCAGAUGCUUGGAAGACAGCUUGUUCUUCAAAAGCCAAAACAAGAAUCUUGGUGCCUGAAAAUUACACUUCUCUUGUUCGACCUAUUGAUCUUUCUGGACCUUGUAAAGCUAGACUCACACUCCAGAUCUCUGGUACAAUCAUUGCUCCGAAUGAUCCAGAUGAUUGGGAAGGUCUUAACCUCAGGAAAUGGAUAUACUUUCAUGGUGUGAGUCGCUUGACGGUUGAAGGAGGUGGUACUGUAAAUGGAAUGGGUCAAGAAUGGUGGAGAAGAUCUUGCAAACACAAUCAUUCCAAUCCUUGUCGAGGCGCUCCAACAGCCUUAACAUUCCACAAGUGUAAGAACAUGAGACUUGAAAACCUCAAUGUGAUAGAUAGUCAGCAAAUGCACAUUGCCUUUACUAGCUGUCGCCGUGUGACCAUCUCUGGUCUAAAGGUCAUAGCUCCUGCUAGUAGUCCAAACACAGAUGGAAUUCAUAUAAGCGUCUCUCGUGGUAUUGUGAUAGACAACACAACAGUCAGCACAGGAGAUGAUUGUGUUUCGAUUGUAAGAAACUCUUCACAGAUCUCCAUCAGCAACAUUGUAUGUGGUCCUGGCCAUGGCAUAAGCAUUGGAAGCCUAGGAAAAUCAAAAUCUUGGGAAGAAGUUAGAGACAUAACGGUCGAUACUGUAAACAUCUCUGACACUGAGAAUGGUGUUCGGAUCAAAACCUGGCAGGGAGGAAGUGGUUUGGUCUCAAAAAUCAUCUUUAGGAACAUCAAUAUGAACAAUGUGUCGAACCCCAUUAUCAUCGAUCAGUAUUAUUGCGAUUCUCGGAAGCCGUGUGCGAAUCAGACAUCAGCUGUUACAAUUGAGAACAUUGCAUUCGUUCACGUUCGAGGAACGUCAGCAUCGAAACAAGCAAUCAAGAUCUCUUGCAGCGAUACUUCGCCAUGUCGCAACAUACAUCUACAAGACAUUGAUCUUGAACCAUCAAACAGUGAUGGUUUCACAAAGUCCUUCUGUUGGGAAGCUUAUGGUUCGAGUUCGGGUCAAGUUUACCCUCCUUCUUGCCUUUCAGAUGAGACAAGCUUCUUGAAACAGUCGGUUCAGUCCGAAAUCACAUCUGUAUACCUUUAA